AUGGCUAAAAGAAAGGCCAAGACGCAGGAGCUUGAAAAGAGAAAGAAGAUCAAGCAAGCUCAAGACGCUCAACUUUCCACUGGGCUAUUCAAUGGAGAUAUCGACGAAGAGGAGUAUGCCAAUGGUCAUGAUUGGGAAAACGAAGAACAAGAUUACGAAUUAAGGCCGAGAAAGAUGAAGGAGAAACAUCUCGUUGAAGCGUCUUUACCGAUAAAGAGGGAAGAUGGGCGGAUAGAGAGGGUUUUGAGGGAAGUGGAGGAGAAAGAGGACGAGGAGGAUGAGGAUGAUCCAGAGGAGGAGGAGGGACAAGAAGCAGAGCUAGAGCAAGAUAAAGAUGCACAACCACACGAAGAAGAAGAAGAAGAGGAUGAGGAUGAGGAUGCUCAUCUCUCACCAAGGGAGAAAUUAAUCAAGACGAAAGAAGAAAUAGCCGAGCUUGGUUCCAAAUUGAUUGAAAGCCCCGAGGAGAAUAUCGCAUGUUUAACCAGAUUACGCAAAAUGAGUGAAUCGAAAAACUUUAUGACUUCACAGUUGGCAAUAAUGGCACUUUUGCCCAUUUUCAAAUCAUUAGCACCAUCAUAUAGGAUAAGAGCAUUGACCGAUGCGGAAAAGAGAGAAAAAGUGAGUCGAGACGUGGCGCGAUUACGUCAGUACGAACAAACUUUGGUUGUCAACUACAAAGCAUACCUUGAUUUGCUCUCGAAAUAUUCGAAAAUAUCAUACUCAAACUCGGCCAACAAUGAUAAAGUCACUACUGAUCAAUUGAAAAGAGGGAAUCUAGCGUUGAAAGCUGCGACUGAGCUCUGUACUUCAUCAUUACGAUAUUUCAACUACCGCAAGGAGUUGUUUACAAUAUUGAUCAAAAGGCUCAAUAGAAAGCCCGCGUACGAGCAGGAUAUACCUGUGUUUAUCAAGUCGGUGCAAGCUUUGGAGACGUUGCUUAGAGAUGAUGAAGAACAUGGUGAUAUUACAGUUGACAUUAUUACCAUCUUGACCAAAACAAUCAGAGACAAAAAGUACCGGGUUGAUGAAUCAGUCGUCAACAUUCUUCUAUCAGCAUCCUUAUUGGCUGAUUAUGCUCCCAAUGACGAUACCGAGAAACCCAAAAUCAAGUUGAAAAAGAAGGAUCGGGUGCAUUUAUCCAAAAAGGAGAGAAAGAAUCGCAAAGAGCGUAAAGAAAUUGAAGAAGAGAUGCGUCAAGCACAACAAGCAAUCACCAUUGAACAACGAGAAAAAUACCAAGCACAAGUACUAAAGAUGAUUCUCAUGUGUUAUUUGGAAAUCUUGAAAGCAAGUCAGGAUCAAGAUACUCAAGAAGGAACCAAUGCCGCACCACUAAUCGGCGCCUCUUUGCGCGGCAUGUGCAAAUUUGCCCAUUUGAUCAAUGUCGACCUCGUUGCCGAUGUAUUCUUGACGAUCCGCGGGAUCAUGUUGGAUAUAAUUGAAGAGUUCAACACCAAGAUGCUUGGCGAUUGCAUAUCUGCGCUUUUAAACACUGGGAAUAGAAGGCAGCAGACUGUGCUGGAGCCCACUGAGAUUCUGCGGUUGUUGCAGGCGAUGAAGUUGCAUGCGCCAGAAGUUGCCACUUUGAGGUUGGUUUAUGAGUUUGUGGAUCGGUACGGCGAUAAGCGCGGGGAUGAGUCGUGGGAGGACGUGUUGAUGGAUAGCUAUUAUUGUCCAAUGGUUAAGGAGUUGAAGAAACAAAAGAGAUAG